GGCACUAUCACUAAUGGUGUUGCUGUUGUUGUUGUUGGUGGUGGUGGUGUUGUUGUUAUUUCAAUCAAGUUCGCAUUCGCCGAUGUUGAUGUCCCUGCAGGAACGCAUGUAAAUGUUCCAUUUAUGAAGUCGUUAUUGACGCUCAGUCUCCGCUUAACAUACAUCUUCACCCUGGUGCAAUUGGCGUUCAGAAGUGUGCAAGUCUCGGCUAAAUGGCCGUUCACAUCGGUACACUUCUGAUCUGAAAAGUCUCCAAUUCCACGUGACGCAAAAAAUUGGUGAGUGCCGUCCGUGUUGGUACAGUUUAGAUCUGAAAAGUUUCCAACUGACGCAGAAUAUUGUUGGAUCUGA